AUGACCGGACCACGAGUAGCAUGGAUCGGCCUCGGCAACAUCGGCCGAGGCAUGAGCCAAAAUAUCUCUCAAAAAGGCCCACAAGCCAAUCCCCUCCUCCUCUACAACCGCACAGCCUCCCGCGCAACAGCACACGCCUCAACCCUCCAAAACGCCAAAGCUGUCUCAACCCUCCCGGAAGCCGUCAACAACUCCGACAUAAUCUUCACCUGCGUCGGCGACGACGCAGCCCUAACUUCAAUCGUCACAGCAAUCCUGUCAGACGCCUCAAUCCCGCAAGACCUCUCGAGCAAAACUUUCAUCGACUGCUCGACCGUGCACCCGGAUACAUCCCGGCAAACGGAGACAGCGUUCAACGCGCGCGGCGCAGGCUUCGUCGCGUGUCCUGUCUUCGGGGCGCCGAAUAUGGCGGACGCGGGGCUACUGAUUGUCGUUCCGGCGGGGAAGCGGUCUGCAAUUGAGAAGGCGACGCCGUUUUUCGACGGUGUCGUUGCUAAGAAGACUAUUGAUCUUUCGGCUGGGACGGGGGCGGAUAUUGAUGUUGGACGGGCUUCUACGCUGAAAGUACUGGGGAAUACGUUUAUUCUCAAUACUGUUGGCGUUCUUGCUGAGGCGCUUGUUGCUGCUGAGGCUUCUGGGCUUGGGGUUGAGCCGUUGCAGGAGUGGCUUGAGCUUUUUGCGCCGGGGCCAUUUGCUAAUUAUGCGGAGAGGAUGGUUGGUGGGGACUAUUGUAGGCGGGAGGAGCCGCUUUUUGCGGUUGAUCUUGCCAGGAAGGAUUUGAGGCAUGCUUAUGGGAUUGCGAAGGAGGGCGGAUUGCGCAUGAAGAAUGUUGAGGUUACGGAUGGGCUACUGGAGGUGGUCAAGGAGGUUAAGGGAGCUAAGGGGGAUGUUGCUGCUGUUUAUGGGGCUGUUAGGAAGGGAGCUGGGAUGGAAUUUGAUAAUCAAUGA